GACACACGUUCUGUCUCGUCCCCAGCUGUUCUCUCUCCUGUCGUAACCACGUAGGCCUAAUAUGAGCGAGAGAGAAAGGACGAUGAUGUCUUGUAGCUCGGCGGAAUUUGCCUAGAAUUGUGGGUUAAAGUGAUCUAGUGAACUUGAAAAUACUUUGGAAAGUUUAUUGAAGAUACAGUGCAUGCUGCAAAGAAAUCUGUGCGAGUUGGACGUUCCAAUAACUGAGAAAUCGCUUACUCUUGUGGUGGAAAAAAAGGAGUCCGGUUGUAUGACAAAGUCCGGCGGGGUUUAGCGUGGCGUUAUGAAGUGAAACCUCCUGAAAAGCACUUUCAUAUUAAACUUCCUGUAUUCCGGAUCGUAAUUUAACCAUUGAAAACCAGGUGUUCGUCUAGGAAACGGAAUGAAAUAGUUAUGUGAUCGCCCAAGCCAGAAAAUGGAGGAGGUAGUUGUGGAGUGGGAGUAAAGGGUGUGGAGUGGAGUUUUUGGGGUGGGGACUCUUCAACCACCGCUCUCUCGUCUUCUCGCCACCCAUUUGGAUUGACCUCUGAAUUAAAAAGAAGGGUGAGAAACUGAUGCAGCAUAUACGACGAAUGUAGAAUAUCGCGGUCAUAGUACUUCUGCAGUGCUGAUGAAAUUGAAGAAAUCAAGACUCGACUAAGGUGUAAUGUAGUGCGAUAUGAAGAGGCGCAUUGAUACCGGAGGCCGCGGUGAGGCAGCAUCAGGCAUUGUCAGCACAGGGGGCAUUGCCCAGGGGGGGCAAGGGGUAGGUGGCCCUGGAGGGGUCAGUGGAGGCCCAGGCUACAUAAGGGGUCCUAGCCUAGCCCAACUUGGAGUGCGUCCCAGCCAAUCUAAUACACCUAUUACUGUGCCUGUCACAGGCACUGGGGCACCAGUACCAGUUGUACCAGUACCUGCCACCACAGCUGGCCCUGGUGUAGGAGUUGCACCAGUUCAUGAUCAUCAAACUCAUAAUACUUCACAGACAGGUUAUGCCAGUGGUAAAAUCGACAUGCAUACUGUCCACCACUCGGUACCAGCUUAUUCAGCAAAUUUGGCAACUGCACCUGCUUCCCAGGGCGGUGGGCUGGCGGGCGUGGUGGAGGGACGUGCUGUAGGUGGAACGGGGGGGCUUGGGGCCCCAAGUGGAGUAGGUCCACCCCCCUCUGUCCUCCAGCAUGUGACUACCCACUCCCAGAUGCGCCAUAAGGUGUCAGGUAUGAGCAGUGCAAAUGUUGUCCACCAGAAUGCAGCAGCAGUUGGUGCUGUUGCAGCAGCAGCAGCAGCUGGGGCCACCCAAGGAUCUGGUCAGUUCCAAAGGUUAAAAGUGGAAGAUGCGCUUUCCUACUUAGAUCAGGUAAAACUAAGGUUUGGCAAGCAACCUCAAGUGUACAAUGACUUUCUGGAUAUUAUGAAGGAAUUCAAGUCCCAAUCCAUUGACACCCCAGGCGUCAUUGCAAGAGUCUCACAGCUGUUCAGAGGACAUCCAGAGCUCAUUGUUGGCUUCAACACCUUUCUUCCGCCCGGCUACAAAAUUGAGGUGCAAGGGAAUGAGCAGGUGAAGGUAAGUGUAAGUGUUCCUGGUCAGCAGACAACGGUGGUCCACACUCCGCAGGGUGUGCAGCAUCACAUCACUCCAACUCACCAUCCCCCACCUCCACCACCGCCAGCUGUAACAGUUAAGCCUCCACAUCAUCCACCACCACCCAGAUCGGCUCUCCAGUCAAGCUGUAUAGCACCCCACACUGGCCCAAAUCUAGUUGGUACACAUGGAGUGCAUAAUAUUAGCAGUUCCGGGACUGGAGGGACUGGGCCAGGCUCUGGUGCUGGUGCUGGCACUGGAACCAAUUCUGGAAGUGGAACUACUUCAGUAGUUGGCACAGGUGGCAGUCAAGUCACAAGCAGUGUUGGUGUGGGUGCCACCACUCCUACUGGCACGAAUGCAAAUGCUAGUGCUAAUUCCACUACAGGUAGUGUUAGUGGUAGCCAGCAUUCCACUAAUACAGCCCCUCAGCAUCCUAGCCGUGAGCCUCAGCCACCUCCCCCGCAUCACCACCACCACCAUCAGCCACCUGCACAGCCUGUAGAGUUCAAUCAUGCUAUUAACUAUGUCAAUAAAAUUAAGUUGCGUUUUCAAGGUCAGCCAGAUAUAUACAAACAGUUUUUGGAGAUACUACACACUUAUCAAAAGGAACAGAGACAUUUGAAGGAAGGGGGAAAUGCACCAACAAGAACACUAACAGAAACAGAAGUGUAUGAAAAGGUUGCAAAACUUUUUGAGAAUCAAGAGGAUUUGUUGCAAGAAUUUGGUCAGUUCCUUCCGGAUGCUACAAAUAACUCUGCAGCACAAGCUGCAGUCUCUGAUUUCAUGGAUCAGUACCGAACUCAUCAUGGGGGUAACAAGAGUGUUACAAAUGAUCAUACUACAAUUAAGAAGUCCAACAAGAGUAGUGUUACUAUUGGGUCAGGCAAUAACCUAGUCAGUAACGCUGGGAACACACCCAAUAAGACAUCUCCUAUGUUUGGCCACCAACUCAAACGACCGCAUUCUGGUCCAACCCAGAGUCAUACUCACACCCAUGCACAUUCCCAACCACCAGUGAAGAAGCCUAAACUUGGUUACCUUAAAGACAUGAGUGCUGCAGAGGCGGGCAAAUAUGCAACACUUGCCGAAUAUGCAUUCUUUGACCAGGUGCGGAAGGCACUUCGUCAUGAGGAGCCCUACCAUAAUUUUCUUCGUGUCAUCACUAUGUACAAUGAAGAGAUCAUAACAAGAUCAGAAUUGGUGCAGCUAGUCCACCCUUUCCUUGCCAAAUUUCCAGAUCUUCUCAAGUGGUUUAAGGAUUUUGUUGGUUACCGAGAAGGAGCCGCUGGUAAUUCAGAUAUCAUACCAUCAACUGUAGCAAAACAAGAAAGAAUAAGUGGAGACUUGGCAAUGGAAAUAGAUUAUACAACAUGCAAGAGAUUGGGAGCUUCAUAUUGUGCCCUUCCGAAGACCUACCCCCAACCCAAAUGCUCAGGGAGAACAAGUCUUUGUAGAGAAGUGCUGAAUGACACUUGGGUUUCUUUCCCAUCUUGGUCAGAAGACUCCACUUUUGUAACCUCGCGAAAAACACAGUACGAAGAAUACAUUUAUCGUUGUGAAGAUGAAAGAUUUGAGCUUGAUGUUGUGAUAGAGACAAAUUUAACAACAAUGAGAGUAUUGGAGGGUGUGCACAAAAAACUCCAACGAAUGAGUCCAGAAGAAGCUGCUAGAUUUCGUUUGGAUGAUAGUUUAGGCGGGAACUCUCCGACAAUACACCAGCGAGCUAUUCGAAGAAUAUAUGGUGAUAAGGCUCCAGACAUUCUUGAUGGCUUGAAAAAGAAUCCUGUUGUAGCAGUGCCUUUGGUUUUAAGAAGAUUAAAAGCUAAGGAUGAAGAAUGGAGAGAAGCUCAAAAAGGUUUUAACAAGAUCUGGAGAGAACAGAAUGAGAAGUAUUAUUUAAAAAGUCUUGAUCACCAGGGCAUCACGUUUAAGCAGAAUGAUAUCAAAACAAUACGAUCUAAAAGUCUUCUGAAUGACAUAGAGACCCUUUUUGAUGAGCGUCAUGAGCAAGCAGAAGAAAGCGGAGAAGUAAUAACAGGGCCUCACAUGGUACUCCAUUACCCUGACAAGUCAAUACUUGAUGAUGCAGCUAAUUUGGUUAUUCAUCAUGUGAAAAGGCAAACUACGUAUCACAAGGACGAUAAGGCUAAAAUCAAGCAGUUAGUGAGGCAUUUUGUUCCAGAUUUGUUGUUUCAUCCAAGGCAAGAGAUGUCUGAUGAUGAGAGGGAUAUGGAAGAUGAGGAAGAUAACAAAAGUGAAGAGAAAUUUGAAACUACUCGUCGUGAUGUAAAAGGCCGUGAGUGUAAGCAAGCUCCUGUCAAUCCUUGUCCAACUACGAACAAUAAGAGAAAAACUAGAAGAGGGAAUGAUGUAGAGAAAGACAUUGAUAUAAAAAAGGAAAUCCCUGAAAACUUCAACAACAACAAUGUGGGUAAUAAAGGAAGGACACUUAAUGGUGAUGCCACAGAAGAUGAGAAAAUUAGCAUAAAAACGGAAGAUGAAAAAGAUAUUAAACUUGAACCUGGCAUUAUUGGUAAUGGAAACCUAGAGUCGGAUGAUGAAUAUAGAUUAUUUAUGUGCAACAACAAUUGGUACCUAUUCCUUCGGCUACAUCAGAUUUUAUGCUGCCGUCUAACAACAAUGUAUGAACAUGCUGUCAGAAUAGCAGCUGAAGAAGCGAAAGAUAAAAAAGAACGAAAAGAAGCAACUGCUGUUGCACUGAGACUUAAGCCUAAAAAUGAAUUGGCUGUUGAAGAUUAUUACCCUGCAUUGCUAGACAUGAUAAAAAAUGUCUUGGAUGGCAAUCUAGAGCCAACGGCUUAUGAAGAUACACUUCGUGAAAUGUUUGGAAUUCAUGCCUUCACUGGUUUUACACUUGAUAAGGUUGUUACGGGUGCAGUUAGACAACUUCAGCAUUUGGUCUGUGAUGAUCCACCUUUGCAGUGCACUGCUGCUUACUUAAUGGAAGCGAAAAGAGGGGCUGCAGGCGGUCCUGUUGCGUCAGCACAUAGAAGACUGAAUUUAGAGCAGUCAUAUCAGAAAAGACUGGAAAGACAAUUACAGGAUGAAAAUUGCUUCAAAAUAUAUACGUACAAGAAAAAUUGUAGAAUGACCAUCGAGUUGAUAGACACUGAGAUUGAAGAAGAAGAAAAUUCAGGAACUGGUAUGGGCCAUAGUACAACAGCUUCGAAUCAUCCAGCCAUUCCACCUGCAGUUGCAGAAGUAGAAAGAUGGAGUGAAUAUGUUGAGAAAUACGUUUCUUCUGUUGCACCUCAGAUGUCUCCUUCCAUGCAAGCACAGCUGUCACGAAAACCAGUUUUCCUACCUCGCAACCUUCGCUCUUGGAGAAAGUUAACAGCUGCAUGGCAAACUAAUCAGGAGAUGGAUAAGCGCAGUUGUACAGACGAUAUUAAACCACCAGUGUGUCCAGAAAUGGAGAUUCUUGAUAAUACGCAGUGCAAAUUUAACUUGUCUUCAUAUAAGAUGGUGUUCGUUGUUAAUAGUGAUUCUUAUAUGUACAAGAAGCAAGCUCUUAAAAGAGCAAAGCAAAGUCACGAGCAUGUAAGUAAACGCAUGCAUAUGGGUCUUACUUCGUGGCACAGUGAUUGGUGCUCAAAACAUGUUACAGAGGCAAGUCAGCGCUCUGCGACAGACUGGUUUCUGGGUCAUACUGAAGGUUUACGACCUAAUAAUACGAGAGUCGUGCGUGUGGAUGACCCCUCCCGACCUCCCUUUGCACCCUACAAUAAGUACAAGUGUGAACUCGAUGAAAGUGGAGGCGGCUCCUAACGUGUGGUGUCAAGUCUCUUCUUGGCCCUAUGUAGAGUGUGACUCGCACGGGGUGAGGUAGAGAAAGUGCAAGUGUUAUUGGAGGAGACAUUGGGAUCGUCCUUUGCAUGUCUCCCCCACUGUGAGAGCUGUGACUUAAUGAAAACUUAGUGCAAGUGGAGUGGAUGUCACCUCUAAGUACAAGUUUGUAGCAGGGCUGGUGGUGUGGUCUAAGCAUGGCAGCAAUUAAUCGCUAGAACUCUGAAACUGAUGAAGUGUGGGAGGGGGACAACUUGGAUAAUCUAAUCCAUAUUUAUGGUGGAGCUGAAAAUAUUUUCUCAUUUAUCAAGUAAACUUUGAACAGUUUAUCUUGUAAACUUUCUGAUUUAUAGUAACAAGUGAUAGUGAGCAGCAGCAACCAAACUGAUCCAAAUGAAUCAUUGAUGUGCCUCAAGUAAUGCCUGUCAGUACAAUGUAGUAUUAAAUGCAGACUGCAGCAUUAAAGCAUAUACCGGUGACCAGCGUUGCCCCACUGUAAGACAUAACCACUCGCCACCAUCUGUAAAGCUGCAUGUUGUCCACAGCACAAAGUUGCUACAAAAUUUUUGCAACAAGGCUAAUCCAUUGUUUUGUUGCUGGGACCUAGAUCAUGGACUCUUCAGUUGAGCCAGUUGUACAAUUGAAUGAUAAUUAUAUUUAUAGGAUGUACAGAUGAUCUGAUUUACAUUUUGUUAAUAAAAUAAUUCCUUUGUAAGACGGGAUUGAGGGGAGAUGAGGAUGAGGGCCGUGAAGGGAGGGGGGAACAAGUGUUUUCAAGCCAAAUCUUUUUCUAGACAAAGGGUGAAUAUCCCAACUAUCCUUAUUUAUUAUGGAAUGUGUAAAUAAUAGUGUAUAUGUAAUCAGGGAUAUGAGUUAUAAGUUAAGAGACUUGAUAUCUGUAAAGGUAUUCAAGCUGUAAAGAAAUAUUUACUGUAUACAUGUGUAAAGUAAUAGAUAUUUAAGUGUUCCAAAGCCUUCAACUAAUAUUCAAAUGUGCACACAAAUAUAAAUGCACACAAAACACAUGCAACACAAUUUGUUGAAGUUUCUAUUCUCCCCAGUAUGUACUGUAAAUAUAAAGGAAAAAUAGAAAAAUCACAAAUCUAAAGAAGUUUGAACUUUGGCCAUAAAUCUUUAUUUUAUGCUAUCCAGAACCCUCAUCUCUCCUCCCAGAUUCUGGACGUCUCAAAAAAGUAAAAAAAUAUACUGCCGCGGCCUAGAUGACACUAUUUAGCUUUAAGAAGUCACUUUGGCAUGGGUGUGCGCAUAACUGCCAGGAAAUAAAACCAACAAUAACUUGAACAGUGUGGGGCAUUACACACAGACAAAAACCAUUGGCCUCUUCCAUGGCAUUGACAGUUGCUGUCAAUGAGCAAGCCUGAGUCAGGCUAUCUUUGAGGUUGUGAAAUUAUACAGUACGUAGUGGGUAUUGGCAGCUGAGAUGGAGACUGGAAGCUUGCAUUAUCAUACCAUCAAGAUGUUAUGCACUUCAUAUAUUUCAAACUUACUUCUGUGUUGUAAUUUUAUUUAAACUUUUUUUUUUUUUUUUUUUUUUUUUUUAUUCCGGUUUCAGUUUUCACAACUAUUUUUUUCCAAUUUGUAUGAGUUGUUUCAUUUAUUAAGUUGGCCAGAUUGUAAUAGCAUGUGACUAUUAACAUGAGAGAACCAGCACCAGCAAGAUGUUCUUGUUACAGGGAAAGGAACUUGGCUAUGCAAACACCAAUAACUGAAGUUAGGUUUGUUCAGAAUAGCUUUGUAUUAGUAACUUCUGAGUGUCUAGACAAAUUACUUGAUAAUUAUAAAGCCACCCAGAGGAAAUUCUGCUUCAAUAUAGUAUUCCUCCCUUUUUCAGUGGACUCGUUUAUAUGUAAUUACACAUAGUUGACCACAUUGUACAAGUCCAUGGUAGGAUUUCAAAUUGUUUCAUUGUUAAAUCAGGCCACAAGUUACAGUUAGUAUUUAGUAUUUUGCCAUUGAAGCAAACAUCUAGGGACUAGGCAGGGUUUUAUAAGUGCAUUUGAUUUCUUGAGGUAACUCAUUUUUGUACCUGUAAAUUUCCUUGUAAUGUGAUGUAGAGGGAAUUCUAGAGUAAUUGAUUUUAAAAUAUAAAUUUUGGAAA